ACAGGAGUGCGUAGCUCUAAAUUCUACACAUCAGUCACAUGCAAUUUUAGCCACGUGACUCUGACAUGCACGCCGACUUGGAAUUUCUUGACGCGUGACCGUCACGUCUUGAGCUCGUGUGUUUGAUGACAUAAUCGCGUACCUCUUACGACGAACCGAUAGCAGAAGUUGUUAUCGUUUAAAAUAGCUGGCGAUCAAAAGUUUACGAUUCGAUGAUUACGAAAUACUGUUUUGUUUCUGUCGUUAGCAGAUCUCAGCUCAAGGCUAUUUGCUUCCCUAGUCGAUCGAAAAUAUGUCGUCCCGUCCACCAAACCUCAAAGAUUUUGUGAGGGCAGCUGGUGAUGGCGAGCUACUACAGAUGAUGAAGGCUCUUCGCCAUCUCAACGAUCUGAACCAGCAGGACUCCAACGGAGACGUAGCUCUUUGCCAAGCUUCUAAAGGUGGACAUCACGAUAUCUGCUUUAAGCUGGUGAUGGAGUACAAAGUAAAUGUCAACGCCAGAGACUCUCAGGGAAAAAGUCCUAUCCAUCACGCUGCAGCGGGCGGACACGACAAGGUCGUAGAGCUGUUCGUUUACAACGGAGCCACCGUUGACGUCAUAGACAACGAAGGGUGGAGCCCUCUACAUCACGCGGCUCAAAGCGGAAGUCUGAACUCUGUUCGAGCACUUCUUAGGAAAGGAGUACCGUUGAAUGCGCAAACUCCAAACGGAGAUACGGUAACUCACUUAGCAGUGCUAUCAAGCAAAUUCUCGCUUGACGUACUCAAAGAACUGAGGGGGUGGCCGGAAGUGAAAUUAGAUCUAAAGAACAAAGAAGGUGAGUCUGCACUAGAUGUGGCUAAGAGGAGUGGAAACAGGCAAGCCGUCGAACAUCUUCAUACCUCAAGCUUGUGCGAAUCACCAACUUUGAGCAGUAGGCAAGAAAGCACUCAAAGUUCAGUGCAGUCACCUACGAUACCUAUUACUAAUUUAAGCCCUUCUACAGUACCUAGACGUAAAUGGCCCAGACCAAAACCCCGGCCAGCCUCUUGGAUUGAAAAUUGGACUGCAAAAGAGCGCGCAACACCAACUUUGAGUAGAACGCAAGAAAGCACUCAAAGUUCAGUGCAGUCACCUACGAUACCUGUUACUAAGGGAAGCCGUUCUACAGUAUGUAGGCCCGCAACAAAACCCCGUCCAGGCUUUUGGAGUGCAAAAGAGCGCGAAACACCAGAAAUCAUUCAAACUUCUGCACAGUUGUCUGUUAGUAAAGAAAGCCCUCCUACUGCAGCAUAUAGACGUAUCAAGCCCGCAACGAAACCCAAGCUAGCCUCUUGGAUUGCAAAUCCUAAGUGCAGAAACACUGUUGGCAGAUCUCCUGUAUUGUCACCUGGCUCGUCCGACAUAAUAUCUGACAAAACAAGUAGUCCAAACCCGCACAGCACGACCCUUCCCAGUAGUCCAUCUCAAUUAGAACCGCCAGAGGUUCAGAACAUACCACUUGUCAACAUAGGUGUGAUAACAGCAAGGCGUAUCAAUACUCCGAGAAACCAGGAGCAAGGCGAAACAAACAGGGUUAAGGUUGAUGAGAUCCAAAUCACAGACACGAGACAACCAAAUCAACAGUUGGGGCACACACCACUGAACGAGAACCCAGCAACUAUAUUUACAGGGCAACAACCAGUGAAUCUUUCCGAUGUACAAAGCGUAAGACGAGAUCCCGCGACUAAAAUGGUUGAUAGUGUAAUACCUAACAGAGUCGUAGAACACGACACAGAUAGGUUAGACACUAAUGAUGACAAAGCACCGACAGGUCAGCAGUUAUCAAUUGAUACUCCGCAGCAGCUAACACAAGCAGAUAGUGACCAGAGAGAUGUUGUUCAGAAAUUUGAUACACUUGAACAGAACAUACGAUUACGAAUGGGUUGCAUGAAAACUACGAUAAAGCAGCAACGUCAAGAAAUCGCGCGGCAAGGACAGCCAUUCGAGUCAUAUCAAAGGGGUGUAGGUCACAAAGCACAAGAAGUAAUGAAGGGUCAUUUUCAGACAAUAGCUUCACACUUCAACAAACAAAUUGAAGAUUGGUCGGAGUACGCAAAAAGUACGAACCAGAGAUACGAAGAGAAGCUGAAACAACUUUGUGAUCGAUUAGAAAAGACAAAUAAAGAGUUACACGCUCAGUUGGAAUCACAACGAAAUGACUACCGCCUUUUGGAACAAAGCACUAAUGAGACCAAAAGACAGCUGCUUAGUUUCCAAAACCAUUUUAAAAUUAGACCUGAUACAAUCAAGCCUACAACAGAACAUCUUGGAGACGGAUCAUAUAGAGGUGUAACGGUUGUACGAUGGAAUGGUGUAGCAAAUGCUGUUCACAAAGACGGAGUCAACUCGCGUAUCAGAGGUCUCGUUCAACAAGAAAUCGAUAGCUGUUGUCGCAUUCGUCACCCAAACAUUGUAACAGUGUUUGAGGCCGUCAUAGACGACGAUCAGCCACCUCAACUGCUCAUGGAAACAAUGGAAGGAUCUCUAAGCGACGUGAUACAGGCAGCUAGAGCAAACUACCUUACGAUGCGAGAGCAGGUAGACAUCAUGCGAGACUGCGCUGCGGGUAUCAACUACAUCCACUCGUUAACACCACCUCUUCUUCACGGUGAUAUUCGAUCAGAAAACGUACUCGUCACACCAAACAUGACAGCCAAGCUGGGAGAUCUCGGGGCUCCUAACAUUAAAAAUGUUUCCCAGUCUGCCAGACCUCUCAGCUUGAAUUAUCUUGCUCCAGAGAGAAAGCCUGAUCUAAUAAGCGGUACCGCAAUUCAAAACACUCCGGCGGCAGACAUGUUUAGUUUUGGAAUUCUGAAUAUUGAAAUAAUAACUGGCAGUGCACCUGGAUUGAACGAGCGAUCGAAUGCUCUAUGGGGCAUUAGACACGACAGACUGCGGGCGAUGUGUCAGCAUAUGACCAGAGAACGACCACACGCUCGUCCAAGUUGCACAAAUAUUUUACAGUUUCUACUCGAGAUGACGCAAACUACCCAAUACACUGAAUGCGAACCAAAGAGAAGAGUACAGAGAAAGCGUAAGGAAGGAGUAUAUUUGAUGCACUGAGCAGCACUAAUGUGACCAAACAUAAAUGGCUUACGUAUGCGUAAUUACAAUUGUCGAUCCUUUGUAAUUGUGCUGUAUCACACUGCAUACAUAUUACAGGUGUUCACUUCGCGAUUCCCAACUUUGGAGGAUAAGUAUUAAUUAAAAUGUGAUAUUUUGAAA